UCUCGGUAUUAGCGCGCACGGACCUGUUUUUAGAGUGGCUCACUCUUUAACCUUAAAUGUCUAGACGCGCCUGACGUAAUUUAGACGCGUUCAACCAUCAGUCCUUAUCAUCACCCCUAACCCAAAUCGAAACACCUCCUGGGAUUUUAGACAAGCCUAUCCAUUCAUCAUGGCGGGUGAGUCUGAAGAUGAGGUACGAGAGCAACUAAAAGCUGCAUUAUGGUUCGCAGUAGGGAAGAUGGUUGAUGAAGAGACCUUACGGAGGAACAGAAACGUGACUCCUCAAUUCAUCGGAGCUUUAACUGAGAUGGUCUGGGCCCAAAUAGAAAACGUCGCAUUGGAUUUGGAGAGCUUCAGUCGUCAUGCAGGACGAACUACUAUCAACACCGAAGACGUCUUACUCCUGGCCAGGCGGAAUCAAGAUCUGCAUGCAAUUAUCAAGGAUUUCGUGGAUAAACAGAAAGCGACAAAGGCGAAGGGCAAGUCGAAGAGAUGAACCAGGGUGAUGAGCACCAGCUUAUUUCACAUCUGCUCCCGACUUUUGAGGUCUCAUACAUGUAAACAUGUUUAGAUCAUAAAUCUCCGCUAUCAGACCAGUUCCAUGGUCUAUUCCACGGGACAAAACUCGGUAUGGGAGAGACUCCGUGUUCAUGAUAGUCAUAACUUGCGGGGGCUUCGAUAUCGAGAAGAGUAUUUCGGGAAAUAUCUCGCGAAAACGGCUGCUAAGGCGAAUGGGACAAAUCCCCGUGUUCGGCCCAUGAAGAAUGUACUAUCAUCAUAGUACACCAAAUUCCAUUACUCGAUCACAUGAAUACAACACAUACCGAUAAAAGAUUUAUAAUAGAGCAGUUGUCCUUGCUUCUGAAUUCCGUGAAAUAGGGAGAGCGUGUUAAUAUAACAAAAGUCAGCAACUCGAUAGGCCAUCAACAGCAAAGCGGCCAAUAGAGGUGAUGAUUAACGGCCUGGGCAGCAUGGAUAUUCUUAUGGUCCUGAACUAUGCUUUGAGUGUUCUCUAGUAUCAACUUCGAACCCCUUAUUAUGCGGUUGCAGCUAUAAGGCGCAUCAGUCAAUACUAUAAAAGCCGGGGUAGAAUACUAAAGAAUACCG